AAACAUUUAUUAAGAAAGAGUAGCGGGAGUAAGAACGCGCGAGAAAUAAAUUAAUAAUAUUAUACAGUCAUGGCGGAGAAAGUGAACGUAUGCAUUGUCGGUUCGGGAAACUGGGGUUCGGCGAUAGCUAAGAUUGUGGGUGCAAAUGCGUCGGCUCUGCCCGAAUUUGAGGAGCGCGUUACAAUGUUCGUCUAUGAGGAGAUGAUUGAUGGCAAGAAAUUGACCGAAAUCAUCAAUGAAACGCACGAGAACGUCAAAUACCUAAAAGGACACAAACUGCCCCCCAAUGUGGUUGCCGUGCCCGAUCUGGUUGAGGCUGCCAAGAACGCCGAUAUAUUGAUCUUUGUUGUGCCACAUCAGUUUAUACCAAAUUUCUGCAAACAAUUGUUGGGCAAAAUCAAGCCCAAUGCCAUUGCCAUAUCACUGAUCAAGGGCUUCGACAAGGCUGAAGGUGGCGGCAUUGAUCUAAUUUCGCACAUUAUUACCCGCCACUUGAAGAUACCAUGCGCCGUGCUGAUGGGCGCCAACUUGGCCAACGAGGUGGCCGAGGGCAACUUUUGCGAAACCACCAUUGGCUGCAAGGACAAGAAGUAUGGCAAGGUGCUGCGUGAUCUCUUCCAGGCAAAUCAUUUCCGUGUCGUUGUCGUUGACGACUCCGAUGCUGUUGAGGUUUGCGGUGCACUUAAAAACAUUGUGGCCUGCGGUGCUGGCUUUGUGGAUGGCCUCAAGCUGGGCGACAACACCAAGGCGGCAGUCAUUCGUCUGGGCCUGAUGGAGAUGAUACGCUUUGUCGAUGUCUUCUAUCCCGGCAGCAAACUGUCCACGUUCUUCGAGAGCUGUGGUGUGGCGGAUCUCAUCACAACAUGCUAUGGCGGUCGCAAUCGUCGCGUCUCCGAGGCUUUUGUCACUUCGGGCAAAACAAUUGAGGAGCUGGAAAAGGAAAUGCUCAACGGCCAGAAGCUGCAAGGUCCACCCACUGCCGAGGAGGUUAACUACAUGUUGAAAAACAAAGGCUUGGAGGAUAAAUUUCCAUUGUUCACCGCCAUACACAAAAUAUAG